AUGGCUAUACACAGGCUUCCAAGUGUUGUUUUCUUAGUACUGUUGGCUCUAGGAGUAUGUUCUGCCAGAAGAGCCCUUCUCACCCUUGAAGGCGGCUAUGGUUUAGGCCAUGGCAUUGGUGGUGGUUAUGGUGCUGGUGUUGCUGGAGGUAUUGGCGGCGGCGGUGGCGGCGGUUCAGGUGCUGGUGGAGGAUAUGGAGGGGAACAUGGAGUUGUAGGGUAUGGAGGUGGUAGUGGGGGAGGACAAGGUGGAGGAGUAGGAUAUGGUGGUGAUCAUGGAGAUGGAUAUGGUGGUGGUGGUGGAAGUGGUGGUGGUGGUGGUGCAGGUUAUGGCGGAGCUGGAGGAGCAGGUGGAGGAUAUGGUAGUGGUGGAGGAGCUGGUGGUGGCGGCGGUGCAGGAGUAGAGCAUGGUGGUGGUUAUGGUGGUGGACAAGGAGGUGGAGGUGGAGCAGGUGGAGGGUAUGGUAAUGGUGGUGAACAUGGUGGUGGAUAUGGUGGUGGUGAAGGAGGUGGAGCUGGUGGAGGGUAUGGUGCUGGUGGAGAGCAUGGUGGUGGAUAUGGUGGUGGAGGUGGAUCAGGUGGAGGGUAUGGUGCUGGUGGGGAGCAUGGUGGUGGAUAUGGAGGUGGACAAGGAGGUGGAGGUGGAGCUGGUGGAGGGUAUGGUAAUGGUGGAGAACAUGGUGGUGGUUAUGGAGGUGGUCAAGGAGGUGGAGCAGGUGGAGGGUAUGGUGGUGGUGGAGAGCAUGGUGCUGGUUAUGGAGGUGGUGAAGGAGGUGGAGCUGGUGGAGCUUAUGGUGCUGGUGGAGAGCAUAUUGGUGGUGGGUAUGGAGGAGGUGGUGGAAGUGGAGGAGGUUAUGGUGACGGAGGAGCACAUGGAGGUGGAUAUGGUGGCGGUGGGGGCGCCGGUGGAGGAGGUGGAUAUGGGGCAGGUGGAGCACAUGGUGGUGGUUUUGGAGGAGGUGGCGGAAGUGGUGGUGGCCAUGGUGGCUAUGUUCCCUAA